AUGCAGAAUCCCGAUCAAGUUCACAUUCCUGUCGGCCAACCAAAGUUACCACCAGCAUCAUCUAGUCGAAUACUUUACGAUAUACCGUGCAAGGUUUGCAGGGAUCACUCGUCUGGCAAACAUUAUGGUAUAUUUGCUUGCGAUGGGUGUGCUGGUUUUUUUAAAAGAUCUAUAAGAAGGAAUCGGCAAUACGUUUGUAAAGCAAAAUCCGAGGGUGGUUGUACGGUUGAUAAAACGCAUCGUAAUCAAUGCCGAGCUUGCAGGUUGGCCAAAUGCAUCGAAGCUGGCAUGAACAAAGAUGCCGUACAACACGAACGUGGCCCACGUAAUUCGACUUUGCGACGUCAAAUGGCAUUUUUUUACAAAGAACCAGAAAUGAUGGGCACCGUGGUACCGCAACCAAGUGCAGCAUUGGAUCUUGCAUUACCAAAACCACCAGCGGAACCACGAGUUUCCGUCGCAACACCCACGACUCAUCAUCAACUUCCGCAUCCAGCUUAUUGCAACAUGCUUGGUUUACCAAAAGUUCCGAUAACGAUGGGUGAUUUACCAAUUUACCCAUUGAUAUCAACGAUCACGGUUGAAUCAAUUUGCGAACAAGCAGCCAGAUUAUUAUUCUUAAAUAUCAAAUGGACCAGAGAUUUAAUAGCAGGUACAGAAUUGGAAAUUGAAGAUCAAUUGAUAUUAUUGAAAUCAUCAUGGAGAGAAUUGUUUCUAUUAGCGGCAGCACAAUUAUUACCAUCGUUAGAUCCGACACUUUUGAUACCACGCGGUGGUGGUGGUCCCCAAGAACAAAAUUUAGCAGUCGAGGUGUCGAAUUUUCGGAAUACCAUUGCUGGUUUUACCGAAAUUAAUUUAGAUCAACACGAAUACGCGUGCAUCAGGGCAAUAGUUUUGUUCAAAACUGGCCUUGACAAUUAUCCCAUACCAAGUAGCAGAAACAGUUGUUCGGGUUCACCAUCAUCCAACAAUGGUAAUUUAUCUAACGGUGCUGCUACUAUCUUAAGAUUACACGAAAGUGCACAAUUAGCUUUAGGACAAAGAUUGAACGGUGCUUUGGGUGUUUUAAGGCUUAGGAAAGUUUUAUUACUCUUGCCAUCGUUAAAAUCGGUUUCCGCGCACGCAAUUACAGAACUUUUUUUCAAAAGAACCAUCGGACACAUUCCCAUGGAAAAAAUUAUCUGCGACAUGUACAGAUCCGAUUCCGAAUAAUUUCUA